AUAAGAAGAGGCAUGAAUAUUUUAUUUAAUCAAAUACUUAAUAAAAUUAAAUAAACAAACAAAAAUUAUUAAGAGGAGAAAAAAAAAUUUAUAAUGAAAUUGGAGAGGGAGGGAGUAAUUAAUAAGAAUAAACACUCUUAUUAUUUUGAGAAAGGUACAUUUGCUUAUUUGGUACUCGGUAGUCGGUACUAUGGAACAAAUUUGUCAAUAUAAUUUGGCCGGUAUUUGAGCAUGCGCAUUUAAUUACAGAGUAUUAAACCUGCCCAAUAGAGGAUAAGUGAAAACGAGCACGGCAAAAUGGGUGUCGCCACCGCAACCACCAUCCCCACCUCCACCUGCGACGGCGAUUCGGAACGUACGGGUCUGCUAAACCCCAAGAUUCCCCGGGACUCUUUCCACUUGGGUUACAUCAUCUACUUCACCCUCGGCGCCGGCUACCUCCUUCCAUGGAACGCAUUCGUCACCGCCGUGGAUUACUUCUCCUACUUCUACCCGGGCGAAUCCGUGGACCGGGUUUUCGCCGUCGUCUACAUGGUGGUGGGCCUGGUUUGCCUUCUUCUGAUUAUAGCAUUGGCGCAGAAAACCAACUCCUUCGUCCGGAUAAACGUGGGUCUGGCUCUGUUUGUGGCGGCGCUGGUGGCCGUUCCGUUGAUGGACGUGUUCUAUGUUAAGGGUGAGGUUGGGGUCCCCGGCGGGUACUAUGUGUCGGUGGCUCUGGUGGGGAUUUGUGGGAUUGCCGAUGGGUUGGUUCAGAGCGGUGUAAUUGGAGCCGCCGGAGAGUUGCCUGACAGGUAUAUGCAGGCUGUGGUUGCUGGCACUGCCGCUUCUGGCAUCCUUGUGUCUCUGCUGCGAAUUCUGACUAAAGCGAUGUAUCCACAAGAUGCUCAAGGGCUGAGAAAAAGCGCAAACCUUUAUUUCAUUGUCAGCAUUGCAGUGAUGGUAUUGUGCAUUCUUUUUUACAACAUCGCACAUAAACUUCCCGUAAUUCAAUACUACAAUGAACUUAAAGCUCGGGCAGUGGACGAAGAGAGAGAAGAAAAGGGCAACUUGAGCACCAAGUUAUGGAUACAAACCUUGUGGAAUGUCAUUGGGACCAUAAAGUGGUACGGCUUUAGCAUCCUUGCUAUUUACAUUGUCACAUUAUGCAUUUUCCCAGGAUACAUAACAGAGGACGUGCACUCUAAGAUCCUCAAUGACUGGUAUCCUGUCAUGUUAAUCACAUGCUACAACGUCUUUGAUUUGGUUGGCAAGUCCCUAACUGCUGUCUAUACAAUUGGGGACACAAAGACUGCAAUCGCCUCUUCUUUUGCUAGGCUGUUGUUUCUCCCUCUUUUCUACGGGUGCCUGCACGGGCCCCGGGUCUUUAGGACUGAGGUUCCGGUCACCGUACUGACCUGUCUUUUGGGACUCACAAACGGAUACCUAACCAGUGUGUUGUUCAUCCUGGCUCCCAAAACCGUCCUGCUCCAGCACGCGGAGACAGCGGGCUUAGUUCUUGUGUUGUUCUUGGUGGUUGGUCUGGCAUCUGGUUCUGUGUUGUCUUGGUUUUGGGUCAUAUAGCAAAUUGUCAAAUUCCACAGCUUGUUCAAUUGUAUCAUUGUUUCACUCUUAGCAAUGCUUUUGUGUGAUUGUGAAUGUGUAUCUUUAUAUCAUGCCAAGAUGCUUGAUGGACUGUAUUAGCACUAAUGGUGCUGGUGAUGUUUUGGCAUCUCUCUGGAAUAAUGAGUGAGUGGUCUUUGGAUUUGAGAAGUGAGUGUUGCAGUUUAUACAGUACAUAAAUCUUGUUGGGAUAA